CUGGGGGCAGGUGCGGGCCCCUACGCCCAGUUCCCACUGGGGACUGCAGGGACAGCUGCUGUAUAAGAACCAUAUGGAGAUCCUGGGUCUAACGCAGCUGGCAGGGUAACAGCUCAGUCACCCACAGCUCCGCGGCAAACCACUGAGCGGGGCGCAGUCCGUGGGGGCCUGGCCCAGCCUAGAGGGGCAGGGGCAAACGGGGCUUUUCCUCAGGCCUCAGAUCGCUCCUGGCUUCAGCAGUAGAGGGGGAGGGCAGCAGAAACGCGGGCUGAUCCCUUUACCAGCUGGUGCAUGGGCUGUUGGUCUGGGGGGGGCGUGUGGGUGUGGACCUGCCCUGCACCCUGAAGAGUGUUGUGGGUGCUGUCCUUCCCCCCCAGCAGAGACUGACUGAGCCUCUUGCCUCUGUCUCCCACUAGGACACCUCUCCAUCUGCUCCUCCCGGCUUAAUGAGAAUUUGCAACAGAGGGUCCCCGUCUUGGAGGCCUAAUAAAUAUUUAUGGCGUGUUCAGCUGCAUCUUUGCAUGUUAAGUGGAAGCUCAUGAAUAAUGCAAGAGCUCAGCGCCUCUGCUUGCAGAUGAGCAGAGAAGAGAUACCUGGCCACAGACCCUGGAGCCCUUAGCAGAGACUGAGCAUUGUCCUCCCCCCGGUGCCUUUCCAAAGAGUGACACUGAUGUGGAUUCAUGCGGGCAGGGCACGGAGGCUCCCUUACUCAUUCGGCCGCAGAAAGCUGGGCCCUGAUGCCAGGAGGGUCCGGCAGCAUGGCUGGGCGCACGGUGCGCGUGGGGGGGAUCCCAACCGACAUCCCCCCAGAGAGAGUCGCCGACAAGCUCACCAUCCACUUCCUGCGCGCCCGCAACGGCGGCGGAGAGAUCGCAGACAUCACGCUCGUCGCUGGCUCCCCCGCCUGCGCCCUCGUCACCUUUGAGGAAGCGGGAGUGGCUCGGAGGGUCCUGGAAGUGGAGAACCACGUUUUGUUGGUCGGUGGAAAGACAUACCCGCUGACAGUGACAGCGCACGUGGCCGAGCUGAGCGCUGACGAGAUCUUCGUGCGUGUUUGUAUGAUCAUAGACUACGGAAGGCUCCUGGAUGGCAAAACCCUCCUGAGAAGCCUGCGCAAACGUUACGGCGCCGUGCAGUUCAGCUUCGACCCGAAGGAGACGCUGUGCACGGUCAAGGGGCCGUUCACGGAGCUGCAGGCCUUCAGCAAGGAGCUGCUGCGGAGUCAGCAAGCUGGAGAGGCCCCCCCGGAGGGAGUCAGCCACCCAGCCACCGUCACAGGGAUGUUGGCUUCCCAGCAGAGGCCCCACUCCCCCUUGCCAGAGCCCAGGGUGGAGAAGCAGCCGAGUCCGGGCCAGGUGCACGAGGAGGCGUCUGAGCCCCCGUUGCACAGGGACCCUGUGGACGGAGAAGCUGUGGAGCAGCUGGAGGACUUCUCCCUGGUGAUGGACGCGGAUAUCUACCUGUACAUGCAGAAGUUCUGCAGCGACAAGUACCUGCGGGUGCUGCAGCAGCACCAGGUCGACGUGGUGGACGUCAGCAGCGACGGCAUCGCCAUUCUCUACCUCCAGGCCUCCUCCAAGAACACUGGAAACAUCAGCUCCGUGGUGCAAGCCCGCCUGGCGCUGCUCGGCCUCUAUCAGCGGCUGGAAGCCAGUCUGCGCAAGGAGAAGAUCAGCAAGGGGGAGCUGAGCAGUGACAUGAGGUCUCAGAGGGCCUUGCUAGGGGACCUGCAGAAGCUGUGCCCCCUCCUCCUUUGUCACGAAGAUGAGCGGCAUCUCUAUCUCAUCGGGAAUCUGGUCGAUGUCUCCCAGGCCAAACAAUACAUCCAAGAUCGAAGCACCGGGAGAACAGUCACAGCCGGCCUCAGGAUGUCCGACGCCUCCCUGGCCACCUACACAGGCGCCCUUCAUGGAGGGGAUGCCAGACUGGGCAAGCCUGAACCCACGGUGGAUCCUUCACCCCCAAGACCGAGUCCUGGCAAGUUUGAGUUUAAAGGUGAACACAAGCUAGCCGCCAACUUCAGCUUCCUAAAGCAGGACGCGUCUCUUUCCAGUGCAUGGCCCUCGCUGCAUCGCAACUCCCUGUUCAUGGAGCAGAUGCAGCUUUCUGACAGCUGGUUAAAGGAAGCUGGCGCCCCGGGCCAGAGGGAUCCAGCACCACCGAGCGGUCAGCACCACCUGCCCGUCUCUGCGGCCAUCACUGGGCCAGCGGCAGAGGUUCAGCAGAGAGAGCUGAAGGAUUGGGACCGAAGGAAGGGGGCCUCCCUGCUCUUGAGACCCAAGACGCUGUCUCUGUUUGCUGGAGGCAAAGAAAGCAGCACUUUGCAGAGUCUCGGGGGCUGGAAAAGCCCCGGUCCCGUAAAGUCUCAGCCCAUGAGCAGCGUGUCUAGUACCUUCAAAUCCUUGAGCCUUUUCGAUACCACGGGGACCUGUUCAGCACUAGAUUCCAAACCGCCCGAGUCUAGCGCCCCGCUGAGACGCUCCAAUAGUUUCUCCAUUCCAAAGUCUAAGGCAAGCGACACGCCCAGAGACCCCAGCAGGGCAGCCAGCGAGGCCUACGGGGUCAGCGAGGAGAUCAGCCUGGAUCCUGUGCAGUGGGCGUAUCUGAAAGAGAUUCAUGGCUCUACUAUUGACGGGCUGUGCAGGGAGGGAGGCGUCCUGCUCGCAGAGCGCAGCGACAAAGGCGGCACCGUGCUGACGCUCGCAGCUGAGGACAGGACAAAGCUCCUGCAAGCCAGGUGGAAGAUGGAGGCUCUGUGCCAGACGGUGUGUCCUGCUCUCGUAUGCCAGAGCCUGAGCUACUCCGAACUCGACGUGGAGGGGCCCAACGACGAGGCCUUGAAUGAGCUAUGCAGCCUCUUGAAAGGAUGCUCUGCCCAGGUCAGAGUCAGCAAAGACAGGUACAAAUUGCAUCUCACCUGCCCCAAGGAAGCACUGCUGAGAGUCAAUGAGGCCUUCCAGAGAUUCUCUGCCAGGAGGCGAAGUGCUCUGACGCUUUCUUCCCCGUCUCCGGGGCUGGAGGGAUCUCCGGCCGAGGAAUAUCCAAGCCCCACGCAGCAGGUGAAAACCCAGGACCCAGGGCUGGCUGCAGAAUAUCGCCAUAGCCGGGAGGGUCUGCAGCAGCUGGAGGUUAGCAGCACAGCCGGCCUGUCGGACCUUUCGGAAAGCGCCCCCCAGCUGAACGGUGCCGACACCACGAGACUGUAUGGGCCCGGGUGGAAUGCCACGAAAACCAGCAGCUACCAGCAGGCGGUGAGGCAGGAGGACCCAAGUUACCACAGCGACUCACAGGACGUGAGUGGCAGUGGCCUCCUUGAUGCCAGCGUGGUGGGCAGGCAGAGCUUCAGCCCAGGGGACCCCCAGGAGCCGCAGAAGGGGGAGAGGUCAGCUGGAGAGCCCGAGACGGCCAGGAUAAAGCGGGUCCUGCCCGACAGAUUCCAGUUCGCAAGAGACAAGAGCCGAGGAGGCCCCAGUGAGGCAGGGGGAAGCCCGAGGCCCCCCUCAGCAGAUGGUGCCCCACAGUCCUUGCCCAUCUGGCUCUCUAGCUCUGGGACUGCACUACCCGCUAGGGCUGCAGCAGGACGAGGCCCCAAGCCAGGCCAGGGGGACCCAGUGAGCCAGGAAGGCCACUUGCUCCCAGCAGGAGAUGGGGACUCACAGGAGACUGGGAUUUCAGAGCUGGAGCUAAGAGGUCCCAGCCCUGGGCAGGAAACCCAUGAGCACAAGCUUGGGAAGUGUGAUGCGUGCCAGAGCUCGUGCACAACGACCUGCCGCGCCCAGUGUGGCCACGCUCUGUGCCGGACUUGUUUUGCAGCAGAAGACACGCACCCAGCCUGCUGCAGCUCCCCCAAGGGCACCAGGGCUAUUAAAGGGACAUUCAAGGUCGUGACCUUGUCCCAGAGCCUGCCCGGCUACUUUCGAGACCCAACGCUCAAGAUCGUCUAUGAGAUCCCUGACGGUGUGCAGGAGGCUGGAGACCCCCGACCCGGGAGACCGUACAGGGGUGGCCGCUUCCAGGCCUUCCUGCCUGACAACAGAGAGGGGAAGAAGACGUCUCAGCUGCUGCAGAAAGCGUUUGAGCAGGGCCUGACCUUCCAGAUCCAAUCCUGUGACGGGGAGGAGAGAGUGACGUGGCACCUCAUCCCCCACAAAACCUCUUUCGACAAGGGCAAGGCCAGGAAUGGCUACCCGGAUUCCCAGUACCUCCGCGAGGUCAGGGCUCUGCUGAGAAACUUGGGCAUCGAGUGAAACGCCCAGAGCUGAGCUGCCAAAAGCCGCUCCCCCUCUGCCGUCCUCCAGUCCCAGCCAGGCUCAGCCGAUUUUUCACUGCUUGGGCUUCACCUCCGCUGCGCCCUUCGCUAGCCAGGAAUUCCUGGGCCAAGUGUAAAAUGCACUGAGAACCGAGCUGUCCAGCGGCAGCGUCUCACCAGCACCCGCCCUCGCUCUCGCUGAGUGGAAGUAAAAGCUGUCGCCAGCUCCAGCUCCCACUUGGAUUUAGCUUGUUCACCAGCCGCCAGCCGCAGCUCCUAGCACAGCUUGUUUCGGCAUCAGCGAACGUCGAGCAACACAGGCUGAGCCAUCACCAGCUUCCAGCCCGAUGCUGGUCUCCAGUGGAGGCCCACGUCUGGUUGCAGGAAGGGUCAACCUGGGGCGUCCCAGUUCUGCCUUUGGGAGGCUGGGAGCGGCUCGUCUUUUUAGUGUUCAGUGCUUCUGGAAUGGCACUUGUUAACCUGGGCAUUUCAUUCCUUGGGCAGACAGUCCGGAGCUCCCGUCCCGUCCCCAGCACCUGUUCCAGGGAGCGCAGGGAGCUCUCUGGGGGAGCAUCAAUAACCUUUCUGCUUCUAGUGCCCCUCUAGCCCUGUGCGACCGAGCCCAAACCUGGUGUGCUCGAGGGAGCACGGCGUUACACAGUCACUGUUACGUUGCAUUCCAUGGAGUUGGUGGAGAAUUUCAAAUAAACGAGUCUCAUUCCCCACCCUGUUCGGUAGUGCUUGGCCGUGUCUCGCGCUGAGAGCCUCAAAAUGCCCCCCAUUGUGGGCACAGGCAGUGUAGCAACAACCGGCUCUAGGCCGCAUAGCAGAAGGGCCAUUGCAGAUUGAAACGUCUGCAGCCCUCUGCCGGGGCUGGGCUUUCUCGAGUAGCAUUUUAUGAGAAUGUGAUGGUGCAUUUAAGGCUCCAAAUAAACACUUGGUGCUGAUACCAAGGCGGGCAGGGCUGACCUGAACCCUUACAAAGCAGCUGAGAUCCUUGUUACAUGUCACAGCAGGCAUCCAGUGCUGCCGCUCAAAAGCCACAUGCAAAAUCUGCUCCCUGUCAUUUCAGUGAUAGGAGUGCGCCCGUGGCCAGAGCUUGGGGGGAAGGUCUCCUUUUAGCUACAGCACCAGCUCCCCACACCCCUGGCCAACAAGCCUCCCCUCUGAAGCUGAGAGGCUGCCAUUGGGCAAGAGGGGACUUCACACGCCAUUCAGUUCUUGAGCCCGCUGGGAAAGUGACAAGCACGAUUGGGCCCGAGCACUACAGCCUAUAACCUAGCCCUGGAACCGGUGUCAGAGAACAGCUCCCUGCCGCUGCUGUGGGGUGGCAGCCGGGAGGGGAGAGAGCCUGUCACAUCAGAGACAAGCACCCUCGUUCUCGCUCGCUCGGUACCGCACUGUGACGAAGCUCAGACCAAUAGUUAAGAGCUCUAAGGUGAAGAGUUGGGGGUGAAAAGCGUCCUUAAGAAUAUUUAGUCAGGCACCAAGAUCCUCUUCAGCCGGCUCUAGCGCUCAGGGUCCUCUUUCAGACCCAGCACAUUCUUCCAGAGGAGGGGAGGCGCCUGCUUUAUCCUCAGCCCCACAAAAGGGAAGUGGGAGGGUGGGUUUGAAAGUCUGGGAGGGGGGAGAGGCUCAAGCCUGCCUAGAGCAUGUUUCCGGGGCUGCUUAGCAUUCAUGCCAGUGGAGAAGCAACCCAGUAGUUUUACGUGUUUCUCUAACAUCGAUUUAUGCUCCCACGAGAAGUUUCUUUUAACAAGGGGUGACAAUUGUACCCAUCCAGGUUCUGCUGUGCGGGUCACUGCAUGGCCUGACAAGAGCUCGCCCUGCUCAUGGUGCGGGGUUAUCCCAUUCACCUUUCAGCUAGCCGCACUGCUGCUAAAUCCACUAACCCCCAUGCAUGACCCAAUGGCUAUUUGAAACACGAAGGGUAGGUCUUGAAUCUUCCCGCCUUGGCUCCCCUCCCAAUGUUACUGAUCUGAAUUAUUGACAGACUGGCGAGCAUUUAUUGUUCCCAGAUUUCUUCGGUCACACGAACGAGCCCGGGUCUGACAAAGGAAACCACAGAUGGAUUGCUGGGCCGCUGACAAACCCAUGAACCUUUGUUUUAUGCUUAACCCCAACGUCGUCACAAGCAGAGAAACGUGCCAGUGAGGGUUUUGUUAUGCUUUUAAUUAACAUUUGAAACACAUAAGGCAUACGGUAACGUUAGGCAGAAGAGCAUUACACGUUGUAGUCAUGUAAACAGCAUUGGCACAAUCGCUUUCUGUUCAACUUGGUUACACGCACAAAGCGGAAUAUAAUUAUUUUUAAAAACGCCGUGCUGUAGGCCAACAGCCACUCGGAUCACAUCUCCGCAAAUCAACUGGACGGCACAGACACUGCCAUGUGUCGUAAGAGGCUCCAAGAGAAACACAUUCCCACACCGUGCUCAUACGCUACAUGCCCAUCACCCUUUGCCAUCACCAGUGCUUUGGGCAUCAAAGACUUCAUUUGGCAACAGGAGUGGUUUUACACCUCUGACAGCAGCUGCAGAUGGGUCAGAUUCCUGCAUUGGUUAAAGUCUGAUGCCCACAACACUUUUUGCCCAUCACUGGUCACUCAACUCUACUUCACACAGCUGGUUUGUAACUAAACAUGCAGCUAAACUCCAUUCCCUGGUGUCUGUAGGACCUUUCCUCAUCUCUCAAAUACUGUCUUGGUGUAGCGACGGAUCUCAACAGGGCUUAUGUUUGUGCAAGCUGAGCUCCUUUCCACUCCCAUCUCCCAGGUGCAAGAAACAUUUGUAACUAAUACAUUUCUUAUUAAACUAAACAAGCUUUUUAGUUCUAAAGCCGCCUGGGGAUGGCAAAGUACGUACAGUUGUGUUUAAGGGCCCCUUCCUGGACUGGCAGUUUUGGUUACAGAUACAGCAAUGAUGCUCAGGUCACACUUAGACAGGUACCACUGGAUUUCGCAAUCUACACGAACAUACCGAAGGCAGAACACCCUGCAAACUGCAGCAGGAGAGAGUGCAGGGAACACAGAAACCUUUAGCUAGUGCUCAUAGCAUCACAACACAAACUUUUGCCCUUCAGCCAUUUUGCCCCCAUGGCACAAGAUUUGAGUCAAAAUGAUCAAUUAGCAAAAUGAACAUUAAGCUGCACUUCAGUUAUUUUGGAACGAUACACAAUUUAAGAGGCAACAUGGCACUCUCUGUUCCCUGGAUGACACUAGUUGUGCCCUCAACUGUUCAGCAUGUUUCCCUCUAAUCAGACACCUUCUGGAGUGGAAUGACAUUGUGCUUUGGUCCUUGCUAGAACAACCUGCUGUUUAACAAGUUGUUUGAGACACUGGUAAUAAAGUUGUAUUAAGACUGACAAUCAGUAGAUUUAAUACUUACUGGCCCAUAAAACGCCAGGGUAAAUAAAGGCUACUAUAAAAUCUAGAACAGAGCAUUAGUUUGAGGCAGUAAAGCCCAAGGUUACACUUAAUCUUCCGUAGAAAACGUAGCUACCGCGGUGCAGAGUCAGUGCUAAUCGCUAUCACAACUACCUAACUGCUCGGAAGGAUUCAGAAGUCAGACUGAAAAGGGCAUCAGAAGUUUAUAGGUAGAAAAUUCACUAUCAACUACACAUCGCAAACGAAGAGAAAAGAAAUUCCAGAGAGUCUCUGCAAUGGUGACAAACCCUCAAUGUCCUCAGCCCGAGGAGAGGCCACUACCAGCAAAGCUUUGCCAGAGGACAAGCCUAGAGAUACGGACAUACACGGGCAGGCUGACAUCACCUUUGGCCACAUCCACAUGCAGCCAACUUGGGCGAGGCAUUGCCUUGCGGUAGCCUCUGGAGCAGGAGCUUCCAGGGAUCAGCCUGGAGAGUCCAUAAAACACCCGUGUACGAGGAGUAUAUCGAGGCGGAGGGCAAGCAGGGCUAGGUCGCUUGUGUAUCACAAGCCAGAUCUCUUUUGCAGCACACUAGAUUUUUGGCAGUAUUUGAAGAGGCCAGUAUGGCAAAGGCUUCAGUGACUUGCUAGUCUUACAAGCGGUCUAGAAAAGGCACUGAGAUACUGUUUUCUAUGGUGCGUUGCAAUGCAGCAUACGUCAGAGUUGUCCUACAGGAAGAUACAAGAUAUUCCCAUUUGCUUCCUUCACACUGUAUCAAAAGGGGGACUAGACUACAGAAGCCGUGCGAUGGUGCCCAGGAUAAGGCCGCCCGGAGUAAGGCACCAGGUGCUCUCAGCUGGCGGAGUAGAGCCAAGGAAAGGGCGAUCAUUUUCCCCCUUUCAAAGACCCUAGAGAACCUGAAGCUUUGCGGUGCAGUUUGGCCAGACUCCUCCUGUCUCAAGGUGAAGCCAAGAUUUGGACAAGAGCAGGUCUUGGGCUUUUCCUUUUAUAGCAAACAAGUGUCUGAACUGCUUUUUCGAACCUGCGGUGAAACGGCAUGAAACAAUGGAAAAUCAAAGCUAAUUCACUGGGCAGGAGCGGUUCGGAGAGGGGAAAAACCCAGCAGGGAGAGUUUAUAUUUAGAAAAAGGUU